GUUCCCAUCCCGCAUCGCACGGUUUGCCCAGUUGGAAAACAAACUAACCCCCCUCAAUGACGUAUAUCCUACGUACAAAAAGGCUGCACGCGAGUUCCAGCCCACGUCCAGAACUCCAUCCCAUCCCAUCCCAUCCAUACACAAACCAACCCGUAAACUCAAACAUAUCAUAACAAAACAAACCUUAUCAUUCUUCUACCGAUAACAACAGACCACCAUGUCGACAAUGGACAAACUGAAAGACAAGCUGCACAUCCGCCGCAAAUCGCAGUCGGAGACUGACUACCAGAAUGAAGCUGAGGCUCGCGCAAGCGUCGACUCAGAGCUAGAAGCCAUGACGCCAGCCGAGCGCGAGGCGUACUUGAAGGAGUUUGAGGAGGCGGAGAAGACGGGCGAGCCGAAGAAGGGCAGCUUGAUCGAUAAGCUGAUUGCGAGGGGGAAUAAGAAGACGGAGGAGGAGAUUGAGAGGCAGGCGAAGGAGCGGCAGGCGGCGAGGGCGGGGAAGGAUGGGGUGAUUCGCUGA